UCACCAUCAUCAUAACCAUUCUCAACGGAUCCAGUUAAGCACUUGCGUCAGAUCCAUCAUCCAAUCAGACGCCGCUGUCGAAACGUGUCCAUGGAUCUCCUGCAGGGGAACGGCUCCAUGGAUCUUCAUCUGGGGAAAGGCUCCAGGCCGGCGGGCUGCGGCCCGGCUCUGGCUCAGACGUACUGGGCUCUGUGUGACACGUGGGGUGUGGUCGUUCAGGCUGUGUCUGGGCUGGGCCUGGUGAGCUGUGUGGUGCUGAUGCUGGUUCUGCUGCUGUGGUCCCGCCGUCGAUCCGGUGCGCUAGCGGCACUGCUGCUGUUCCUGCUAGCCACAGCCGGCGUCUUCGCUCUCCCCUACUGCUUCAUGAUCUCGCUCUCCCCACAGACCUGCCCGGCGCGCGUGUUUGCCUUCAGCGUGGUGUUCAGCACGGCGUUCGGCGCUCUGCUAGCGCGCGGUCUGGCCCUGUUGGGGGCGGCACUAGCGCGCGGGUGGAGGGAGGUGUGCGUGACCGCGGCGCUAGCGCUGGUGCAGGUGAUCUUAGUGGUGGAGUGGCUGCUGGUAGUGCUGGUGCAGGACAAGAGGACGUGCCAGUUCUCACCGCCGGAGUUCGUCAUGCUGCAGAUUUACGUGAUGCUCCUGAUAGCCGUGGCACUGGUGUUAGCGCUGAGCUUCCUUCGGCGCGCGUGCGUCACCUACAGCUACAGCUACAGCGGACAGACGCGCUGGUGGAACAAGCUGCAGGCCGGGCUGCUGGUCCUCACGCUGAUGCUGAGCGUCUCCGUCUGGAUCGUCUGGGUCACGCUGCUCGCCUACGGGAACCGAGCCAUGGGCCGCAGCCCCGGCUGGGACGACCCCGUGAUCAGCGUGGCACUGACCGCUAACGGCUGGGUGCUGCUCCUGGGACAUGGUUUCACUCAGGUCUGCUUCAUGUGCAGGAGCGACGCCCGCACCAAAGACCCGCCUCUGGACUUCACUGGCUGGACGAGCCCCAGAACACCAGCUUCAGUGGAGCCGAGAACAGGCUCGGACAACAGCGGCUUCCAGACAGAUGCGGACGGGAGCAGAGGUCAAGUCGUGGUGUCGUCUGGAAUCUUCAUGAGUGAGAUCCGUGCUGAGAGAGACUACAGCAUCCCACGUCCCACGACCACUAACAUCAGCGAGCCGUAUGACGACUACUACUGA